AUGGACUUGUUACCGGCGCCCACUGAGCCCAGCGAGGCGCUCAAGUCCCCGGUCGUCGAGAUCGAGACCGUCGACAUGGCCGCCGAUGCCGUUGCGGCCCAAGACGCGGGGUUCUCGUCCGAGUUGGACACGGACAGCGACGACUCCGAUGCCUGGGAGACGCUGUCCAACGCCGACGAUGCGAUCCAGUUGCUGCGCGAUGAUCAGCUUCGCGAUGGGCUCGUCCCCGGUGCAUGUACCCUCGAAGAAGCAGCGGCGUAUCGCCAGCGCUUGCAUGCGAUCGGCAAGGCGGCCUUCGUGGAGGAGACCAUCGCCCGAGAAACCGUGACAGCCAAAAAGCUGUGCACGGCAUUUGGCAUUAUACCGCCGGCCUUCCUAGACGGAGCGCCAGACGAGGCCUUCCACCCUCUUCUGGCGAUUGCCAUUUCUCGGGAAUUUUCCCGGCGGCCGAAGCUGCCCCAGUAUAAUACGAUCGACGACGCUGUGAGGCUGCUUCGGGAGUCCAAAAAUGUCAUCGUGUUGACCGGCGCGGGCAUCUCCACGAGUCUGGGGAUACCGGACUUUCGGUCGAAGGAUACAGGCCUCUACUCGCGGCUCGAACAUCUGGGCCUGAGUGACCCGCAAGAGGUGUUUGAUAUCCAUAUCUUCCGCGAAGAUCCCAGCAUCUUCUUCUCGAUUGCCAAGGAUAUCCUGCCCACGGAAAAGAAAUACUCGCCUACCCAUGGCUUUAUCCGGCUGCUCCAGGAUAAGGGCAAGUUGUUGACCAACUAUACCCAGAACAUCGACAAUAUCGAGGCCAACGCGGGCGUUCUGCCCGAGAAGAUUGUACAGUGUCACGGAUCCUUUGCGACGGCAACAUGUAUGAAAUGCAAUUUCAAGGUCUCGGGCGAUGCGAUCUUUAACGAUAUCAAGGACGGUGCUAUCCCGGAAUGCACCGCCUGUCAAAAGAGAAUCGCGGAGGAUGCAUUGAAGCCUCAGGGGCUAAAGCGCAAGCGGAGUGCCAAUGGGCAGCAAAAGAGCCGCAAGGAUUCCGAUGACAGCUCGGAUGAGGAGGAUUAUGAGAUCCCGACUCCGGGGGUAAUGAAGCCCGAUAUCACGUUCUUUGGCGAAGAUCUCCCCGACGAGUUCGGUCGUCGUCUCCUGCACCACGAUCGCGAACUCGCCGAUUUGGUCAUCGUGAUCGGCACCUCGUUAAAGGUAGCCCCCGUCGCAGAAGUGCCCGGGAUCCUGCCGCGCAAUGUGCCCCAGAUCUAUAUCUCGCGCACGCCUGUGUCGCACACCGGCUUCGACAUUGACCUCCUGGGUGACUGCGACGUAGUCGUAUCGGAGCUCUGCCGCCGAGCCGGCUGGGAUUUGCAGCACCAUAUGAUACCCGCCGAUGAGAGAGUAGAAGUCACUCCCGUUGAGGGAUACGAGUCACGACAUAUGUUUCGGGUAGUUGGCGCAUAG